UGUGAUCAAGAAGAUCAGGGUGACAACUUACCCAGCGCCAGCUGUCAUGUCUGUAUCCUGUCUGUACACUGCUGGUUUAAUGAACUGUGUGGAUGAAUAAUUAAUAGUCAAACUGAUUAGUGUUUGUGUAAUCUCAUUAAGGCAUCUGACGUGGCAGACUGUAUCAUUAGAUUUGGUAUUACCAUUAGUCUCUCAGCAUAAGUGCAAUCAGGCCAUAUGGAGAGAAGAAGGGGAGCACAUCUUUUAUAAGAGAGAUUCCCUCAAAGGUUUGGCCAUCCCACAUUGUUGAUUAAUUUUUGGGGUCAUGAAAACUUUGUGGGAUAACAGGUCUGGCAUGCGAAUGAGUGAAAGUCUCCAUCUGAGUGAUAAAGAACAAGGCAGCAGUGUGUUGCUACAGAGUUGUUUCUUUGUCUAACACAGGCUGAACCCCCUGCUCUAAUCUGGGUUAUCUGGCUGUAAUCAGCUUAGCCCACUGCUACUCUCACUGGUUGUGGUGGUGGUGGUGCUGCUGCUGGGUGGGCACUUUCUGUAGCUUUAGUCUGCUUUUGUCUUCACUGCCAUUCACGUGUGCACCUGUUGAAGAGUUGAAGAGACAGACUUGAAGGGCAGUUCAGUGCACAGGUGGAAAAGCUUGGAGAGCCACAGUAUUCUUUUCAGGGUGUCUUGAAGCUGUAGCCAUGGCUGAACAUCAAGAGACUACUUCAACUGAUAGAACACCUACUGCAGACGCAUAUCCCAGAAAAAUACUGGAAUAUAUGGAAGGAUUCCUUAUCUCAAAGACGGUGUUCACGUCCUGCGAGCUGGGUGUGUUUGAUGUGUUGCUGGGUGCAGAGCGCCCCCUGUCUGCAGAGGAGAUCAGUCAGGCGGUGGGAGCCAGUCUGGACGGCACGCAAAGACUGCUGGCUGCUUGCACAGGCCUGCAGCUGCUCAACACACACCAGGAUUAUGGACGAGUGUUUUACAGUAACACAGAGCAGGCUAGUGUCUACCUGACCCGCUCCAGUCCUUUAUCUCUCUUGCAGUCCAUCCAGUACAGCUCCAGAACAAUCUAUCUCUGUUGGCACUACCUGACUGAUGCUGUCAGAGAGGGCAGAAACCAGUAUGAAAAGGCUUUUGGAGUCAGCUCUAAGGACCUGUUUGAAGCUCUCUACAGGUCUGAUGAAGAGAUGGUGAAAUUUAUGCAGUUAAUGAACUCGAUCUGGAACAUCUGUGGUAAAGACGUGGUCACGGCCUUUGACCUUUCUCCUUUCAAGGUCAUCUGUGACCUCGGAGGCUGCAGUGGAGCAUUAGCCAAGCAGUGCACGUCAGCCUACCCAGAAUGCACUAUAACGAUCUUUGACCUCCCCAAGGUGGUGCGUAUGUCGAGGGAACACUUUGUCAGCGAGGCUGACCAGAGGAUAAGCUUUCACCAAGGGGACUUCUUCAAAGACCCCCUGCCAGAGGCUGACCUCUACAUCCUUGCCAGAAUCCUCCACGACUGGACAGACGAACGCUGCAUAGAGCUACUCAGUAGAGUCUACAAAGCCUGCAAACCAGGAGGUGCUGUGUUGCUGGUGGAGGCGCUCCUCCACGAGGACGGCUCAGGUCCACUAACAGUGCAGCUCUACUCCCUCAACAUGCUGGUACAGACGGAGGGCAGGGAGAGGACAGCUGCCCAGUAUGCUGCCCUGCUGGCUGCUGCUGGCUUCACCAACAUACAACACCGCCUCACUGGGAAGAUCUACGAUGCUGUGCUGGGACACAAAGAGACAGGAAAAGACAGACGACCAAAACCCUAGGCUACUCACCUACCACGACUGAAAGAUCACACCAUCUGAAAUUGUUGUGUGACUGUUUGUGUACUUUGAAAUGGUUUUCUUUUUUAAUUUCACCUUAAGCUUCUUCAAAAAUAUAAAAAACAGUGUAUGACCAUAUUUGAGUAUUCAAAUACAAGGAUGAUUUUUAUGACUGCUUAAUUCCGGAUACUGUAUAUUCUUAAUGAUUGCAGUUUUUCAUAAUUUGGUAUUUUUGAAGACUCUACAAUAAAUAGGUUCUUUGGGUUUAAAUAAUGUUUGGCUAUGGACCCAAGAAUGUGUCACUUAAUAAGGUAACAAGACCUGCUAAUCCUGCAAACUCAUAAUUAUGUGUAAUGUGUAUUCUCAUUAAGCAACAGAAUUGAGAUUACAAAUCUACACUUGUGUGUGUUUAAUAAUCAAACAAAUUGUGUUAAUAAUCAAAGAAAUUGAUGGUUUUGGUUUGAGAGCAGGAAGUGUUAAAUAUGGCUUGUGACUGACCACUUAUUCUGAUUACUGGCCCAUAUUGGCAAACCUGAUUAAAUGUGGUGGUUUAAUAGACUGUGACCAAACAAAGAGGUAAUCUGGUGAAUGACGGUGAAGCACUUUAAAGGGGGAAAGAAAAACAAUGUUGCAGUACAAGCCAGUAGUAGAUCUUAGUGUUUUGUAUGAUAAUGUCUUAAACAGAGUUGAACAAAAAUACUAAAAACUGAAUCUGGCACAGAUGGCUUUGAUAUGAUGCAUGCCUUCAAUUGUACUUUUCAUGCCAUCUGAGAAAAACUUCAAUAUUGUGCUCCACUUUCUUCACCAUUCAUUCAUUUUCUUUGGCUUUUGUUUUGUGCUGAACAGGUAGCAUUAGCUUGUAGUAGCUUCUGCUCUGGGAAUAGCUGCCAGCAUCUUGGUUUCGUUGGACCAGCGGUAGUUACAGAAAGCUGCUGAGUGUUGUUGCUGAUUCUCCUCAGUGGGACCUUUGGCAUAAGCAACCCUUUCACAUAACCAGGAGUACUUUUGCAGAAUAUAAAGGUAAAAAUAUUUCUUAAAGCUUCUUUAAUAUUUGAGGGUCAUUUAGAUGCCAAGUGUGCUGCUCUCUGUGAGUCAGGGCUUGUGCAAAUGCAAAUUUAAUUUUUUUUUUUUUUUGCAAACUGCUAAAAAUUGAACCAGUUGUCAAUUCAAAACGUGCUCCAUCCAAAGCCAAACUGAGUAUAAAUGUUAUGAUUCUCUGGUUAUUGUGCUUGUGAGGAACUUUCAUCCACAAGAUUUACCUGACAACUGUAAAGUCUUUGAUAAAAAUACAAUGUCACUUCAUUUUCACAUAUAAAAAAAAUUCAAAUACAACUUUCACAGACAAAAGCAAUGCUAAUUAUUACCGCCUAUGCUUGCUAACAAGGAAGCAACAGUGACAGCAUGUAGUAUUUGGUAAAACAAAGUACUUACAGACCUAAUGGUGUCCAUGGCAGCAGUAAGAUAAGAGUUAUUACAACAGGAGAAGCAGUUACUCUGUUUAAUGCCUCAUUAUCCCCCCCGAGGAGAUCCCAGUGCUAAUACUGUUCCUGCAGCAUGACCAAUGGGAAGCAGUGUAGUACAAAAUGAUGUUAUAUACAAAUCAUGACCUAACUAACACUAAAUCCACCUUUUUUAGAUCGUCAAUUACUUGUACUUGUCAUUUUUUUGUCCAUCAUUCUCAGUCCCAUCUUAUUGUGUUCAUUGUAAAAGGAGUCAUUUUCCUUUUCCAGAGAAAACCCAGUAAUUCCUAUUUACAUCUUCAUUAUCACUCAUUCAUGCCCCUUCUUCUGUCACUCUCCAGUGUCAGGGUUCAAAUGUGUUUUUUGAAAUUGCGGAAGAGGCAUGUUCAAGCUAAAGGGCACCCUGCGUGAAUGUGCUAACAUGUUUCUGACAAUAAAAUACAGAAGCAUGCAUAUUUUAGGAAUAGGUUUGUGCCCUGGCAUGUUCCAAAUCCAGACAAUCAAGUGAGAGACUAAGCCAAGUCCAGGCUGAUUCUGCUGUAAAUGAUUCACCAUAUUGCAAAGGUCAACCUCUAUUAGAUGGUUUGUAGUGUGAGCUUCCAGUCUCAUUGCAAAGAAGAUAAACUUCCACGAAUAUCUGUUCUCAUCUCUCAAUCCUAAGCCCUGUGUCUGAACCUCUCGCCUCUUACUGUUCUUAACAGCAUAGUAAAGCUAUCUUUGCGCCGCGCUCUUUUUAAUGUCAGAUGUGACUCAAUAAAUCUUCUUCACAAUGGCCCGACACAUCUUUUAUUUCUCCCCCAUCCUCCUCCGAGCACAGGAUGUAUUCAAAAUGCAGAUAUCAGCCCUUUAUUUGAGAGUCAGCCUGUCAUUGUGCUCUGUCUCUGGUGUGACGCAGUUUGCUUGAAGAUGUUAUUGGAUUGGAUUCCACACAAGUAUUUGUGAAUAGGAUUCAUAUUCAGUUACAUUAAUAUCAACUGUCAUUUAUUUAGGUAUAAAAAUGUGCAUGCCAAAAGAUAAUUGCACAAAAUAUCACUUGUCAGCCUCAUUCACUGAAAAAGAUCAUAAUCAGACUUCAGAAACUGAUAUUGUCUGUAUCCUGGUCUGCAUUCAGAUGACUGUUACCAUCACUGUUCUCUUUCUUAUACACCCACUCAUUCCCAAUGCCCUCUCUAUCCCCCUCUCUCCUGCUUUUUCUCUAAUUGUGAAUUAAUGAGACUUCAAAGUGCAACAAAUUAGAAUUGAUGUCAAAUCCUUGUGGACAGCUUUACAGAGAGUCGGCCUAAUGAAGGGAAAUGAAGUGCUGAGGCUGGAGACAGCUUUGACCUGUGUGGAGACAGUGGUAGUACCCAGUAAUGCAGUGCAGCAUUACCAAUGUCAUGGUGGUCAACUAAUGCUGUGUAUCACUUGGUGCUUGCUUUUAUGAAAUGUAUUUUUUCUCAAGGAUAAAAUGUUAUUAAAUUAAAUUUUUGUUACUC